AUGGAGGAUGAUCAACAACAACAAUAUAAUUAUGAAUCGAAAUCAAUAGGUCAAUUGGCACAGGAGCAUUAUUUAUUGGUUUGGGGUACUGUUAUACUUUUUAUCGUUGCAUAUAUCAAUAGAUAUAGAAUAUUAGCAUUGAUACCAGAGAAGAAAGUUGAAUUUAAAAAAGAAACACUCGAAGAAUUCGAUGAAAAUGUAAGAGUUGCAAGAUUGAAAUUGCAAGAUCGUAUGAAUGUCGUUGCAAAAGAUCAAAUCGAAGACACAAAGAAGAAAGAAGUAGAGAAGAAACUCAAUCCGAAACCAAAGAAAUCAAGUGGUUCUGGUGCACCCUCUACCAUCCUCGGAAUGGAAGUUGAUUACUCGCGAUCUCUCAAUGGUGGUGACAACAGAGGUUCCUUCAGACCAUCCUAUUCAAUGAGAAAUCAAGGUGGUUGUGGAUCUGGUGGAUGUCCUUAA